GGUAGGUAUAAAAGAUACCCAUGGAACAAUGAGACUUGCAGACUCAAGAAACACACUAUCCUUGAGACAAAUUCAAAACCUCAAACUACCAAUACCAUGGUCAACUCCUGUUGUGGUUCCACCUGCGGUGGCCAAGGCUGCUGUACCCCCUGUUGCUGCCAGCCCUGCUGCCACCCAUGCUGCUGCCAGACUACCUGCUGUAGAACCACCUGCUGCCGCCCAAGCUGCUGUGUGUCCAGCUGCUGCCAACCCUGUUGCCGCCCAAGCUGCUGUGUGUCCAGCUGUUGCCAGCCCUGCUGCCGCCCAAGCUGCUGCCAGACCACCUGUUGCAGAACCACCUGCUGCCGGCCAACCUGCUAUGUGUCUAGCUGCUGCCAGCCCUGCUGUCGCCCAAGUUGCUGUGUGUCCAGCUGCUGCCAACCUUGCUGCCGCCCAAGCUGCUGUGUGUCCAGCUGCUGCCAACCUUGCUGCCGCCCAAGCUGCUGUGUGUCCAGCUGCUGCCAACCUUGCUGCCGCCCAAGCUGCUGUGUGUCCAGCUGCUGCCAACCUUGCUGCCGUCCCAUCUGCUGCCAGACCACCUGUUGCAGAACCAUCUGCUGCCGCCCAAGCUGCUGUGUAUCCAGCUGCUGUCAACCUUGCUGCCGCCCAAGCUGCUGUGUGUCCAGCUGCUGCCAACCUUGCUGCCAUCCCAUCUGCUGCCAGACCACCUGUUGCAGAAAUACCUGCUGCCGCCCAGCCUGCUGUGGCUCCUGCUGUUGCUGAGUCAUGACUCAAUCAUCAAUGCCCAGAUUUUAAUCACUCCUUUUCCAAUCAGUAGACUAGUUUCUUCAUAUCAGUUACUACCAGCUAUGCUAAAUUCUGACAGUGAAUAUGGUCUGAGCAUUAUGAACCAACCAAACUUUGCAUCCACAGCAAUGGUGUAGCCAGUAAACUGACUUUAACUUGAAUUGUCAUUCUUUCAAUUCCUUCCUUCUCCUAGGGGCAAUAGCUGUGGCUGGAGAAAGCAGGAAUCUAUUAAGCAAGGAGGCCAGCAUGCCAAUUCCAAGGAUCCACUAAACUAACAUUUGAAACUUGUUUUAAAUUCAUGAUUUGGGAGUUAGAUGCUUCACAUUCUCAAGUUGAUAAUAUCCCCCAUUUUACCUUGAUUCUUACAGAUAUUUUCUCUUUUGUUCCUUAAUAAAAAUCUAC